AUGGCUGGAGGCAAACCUCGUGGUCUCAACGCCGCGCGCAAGCUGCGAACGAACCGAAAGGACCAGAAAUGGGCCGACCUUCACUUUAAGAAGCGCGCCCUGGGCACCGCUUUCAAGUCCUCGCCGUUCGGUGGCUCUUCUCACGCCAAAGGCAUAGUUCUCGAGAAAGUUGGCGUCGAGGCCAAGCAGCCCAACUCUGCCAUUCGCAAGUGUGUCCGAGUCCAGUUGAUCAAGAACGGCAAGAAGGUCACGGCUUUCGUUCCCAACGAUGGCUGCCUCAACUUUGUGGACGAGAACGACGAGGUUUUACUGGCCGGUUUCGGUCGCAAGGGCAAGGCCAAGGGCGACAUUCCCGGUGUUCGAUUCAAGGUUGUCAAGGUCUCUGGCGUUGGUCUGCUGGCUUUGUGGAAGGAGAAGAAGGAGAAGCCUCGGUCGUAA